GCAUAAACAUAACCUUCAGAAUUCGGUUUCACGCAAGAUGCUGUAUCCGCGUACACUGGAUCCUCAAUCCAAUCUCGUGAGAGUUUCAACUAGCCGUAAAGCCAAACCGCCUCAAAAAUGCUUAGAAUCUCAGCAGCGUGCGCGAAGAAACUCGCCACAACGGCGUCGUUUGAAACGCCACUUCCUGCGGUUAGGGUUCUUCAACGAUUCUACCACGAAAGGGUGGUUGACCACUACGAUAAUCCCCGGAAUGUUGGAUCCUUCGAUAAAAAUGAUCCCACAGUAGGUACUGGUCUUGUCGGUGCACCGGCGUGUGGCGAUGUUAUGAAGCUUCAGAUUAGGGUUGAUGAGAAAACCGGAAAAAUCGUCGAUGCUCGAUUUAAAACAUUCGGUUGUGGAUCGGCCAUUGCUUCCUCCUCCGUCGCUACUGAAUGGGUUAAGGGAAAGCAAAUGGAGGAGGUUUUAACCAUUAAGAACACUGAGAUUGCAAAGCAUCUUUCACUCCCACCUGUUAAGCUUCACUGCAGCAUGCUUGCUGAGGAUGCUAUAAAAGCAGCUGUUAAAGAUUAUGAAGCUAAACGAGCAUCGGCUAUGGCAGGCACAGCAACAACCACUGGCGACAAAUCUGCCACUGCAUGAUUUCGUCCAUUGCAAGAAUGAUGAUGAAAAAUAAAAGUACCCUUUUGCUUUUUUAAUUAAUGUCUGAACCCUCAAAAGUGUUCUAAACGAAUCCCAAACAAUGGUCUUAUUCAUGGAAUCUCGUUAAUCUUGUAUUAUACCUAUUUCAACUGUAUGAACAAUAUUCUAAGAGAUUCUAAACUAUAGAAAAAUGCAGGUUAUGAUUAUGGGUUGUUGUUAAUUUUGCUGGAUUUCCCUCCUUAGCUAGACAUUCAAAAUUGAUAUUUGAUGAAUUUCAAUUUCAAUUUUUAGUAUGUAAAAUUUAACAUGUAAAAUUAUUGGGAUGCUGCUAAGUUUUGUUCUAUUUUGGUUUA